AUGUGCCACAAGGACGAGGGUUACAUCGCUGCCCUCAAGAGAGACGCCAACACCAUCGUCAUCUUCAUCCCAGGCGGGUUGACUCCCUUGCUCCAACCGCUCGACCGCAUGCUCAACAAGCAGAUGAAGCGGCUGCUGCGGGGCAAGUACACCGCCUACAGCGCGUCGGCGGUCGCAGACGCCCGGUCGGGGAAGCUGAAGCCACCGGAGUGUGGGGUCGUCUCUACGUGGUGCACGGAAGCGUGGGAGUUCAUCACCCCCGAGACGGUGAAGACUUGCUUCAAGAUCUGCGGUCUCACGCUCGCGCUCGACGGCAGCGAAGACCACGCCUGCGAAGACCACGCCUGGUGCGAGCACCACUUCGGGGAAGACUACCGCGACCUUCUUGAGGAGCAGCACGCCGUGUGGCUCGCUGAGCACCCCGACGUGACUCUCCCGCCGCUCAAGCUGCCGAAGGUACCAGGGGGGUUCGACUCCAGCCCCAUCACAGCUGCUCAGAAGGAAGUCGAGGGGAAGCUGCUACCCUACGUCGCUGAUGAGAGCGACAGCGAGGUGGAGGUCUUGGAGGGCGACAGCGACGUGGGAGUCGUGAAGGGGCAGGGGGGCGGGGGCGCCGAAGGAGAAGUAGUCGAACUUUGAAUCAUAGUUCUUUGGGAUUGCCAGUGAGAUUGGAUGUUUUUGCGAUGGUAGGGGCGCGGGCACGAAGUGGAGUUCAACCCGCCUAGAAAGUACAGUAGUAGGACGUUGGUAGCUCGUAGUGGUAGUUUGGUGUGAUUUCUUCCUUCGUUUUUGGUUUCAUCUGCGUUUAGAAUUGUUGAUUGGAUGCCGUUUGCCGAUUUGCCGAUCUUGAUUCUUCAGAACGCAAAGAGAAAAAAGAGUACAAAUACCACAUGUUUGACCAUCGUCAUGGUGCCAAGGGCAGCAGUAGCAGUGGAGCACGCGAUUCAAGCUUCCACAGUAUCCGGAAUUUCCAGCACAAGAUGCUGGUGAAAGGGUAUCACUUACCGCCAAACCUCACCGCACAUAUCGGCGUCUCCGCAUUGUGUGCGGAGACUAUGAUACCUGUGCGAUAAUCUAGCAAAUCAUUCGGAACCCGCUUUUUUUCCGCACACCCUGUGCCAAGACC